AUAUAACAGCGCAGUCGUUCCGUCGGUGAGCUGAGCACAAAAACGACGGGCCAAACAAUUCAAGAACCCAGCCCGCAAGACAACCAGAGGACGGAUAGAGAGCCGAGGGAGUGACCGAACGGAAUUAUUUAGCUGAACCCUGAGAGUUCUUCCGACGGCAGAAUCAGCGGCACUCGGCCAGCCAAGCAGCGACCGCCGAUCAGCUGCUUGGUCGUGGGGCUAGAGCCAGCAGCUCGACAGCUCUAGAGGAACAUAAUGUCCCUCGAUUCCGGGCAAGAACGCGAUGCCUUCUUCCUCGCAGACGAGAAUGCUGACGACGCAUGCUGGCUCAAUACAGAGGACAUCGGCACGGGGGGUCUCGGUUUCUACCGUGUCAAUUCCAAGGAUCUCGUCAUCUACGAGGACAAGAAGAAAGCCAAAAUCAUCGGCAAUAGAUAUUUGAUGGGCAGUCUGCUGGGCGAAGGAAGCUACGGAAAAGUGAAAGAAGUCCUCGACCUCCACACAUUGACUCGACGAGCCGUGAAGAUCGUUGCGCGAAAGAAGCUCCGUAAGAUACCUAACGGCGAACAGAAUGUCAAAAGUGAAAUGAAGAUUUUGAGCAGAUUGAAUCAUCAGAAUGUGAUCAAGUUAUUGGAUGUACAUAGAGACGAGGAAAAGCAGAAGACCUAUAUGAUCUUCGAAUACGCCGUCGUGGUCAUGCAAGAACUGCUGAGGAGAGCCCCGGGUAACCGCUUCCCCACGUCACAAGCACAUUGUUAUUUCACGCAGCUCUGUCGCGGACUUGAACACAUUCAUUCCCAGGGGAUAAUCCACAAAGACAUCAAAGCGGACAACCUGCUGCUCACCACUGAUGGCACCGUCAAAAUUGCGGACCUUGGAGUCGCAGAGCAGCUCGAUCGAUUCGCUGAAGAAGACACGUGUCAUACCAGUCAAGGGUCACCAGCUGUACAGAGUCCAGAGAUCGCCAAUGGCUGUGACACCUUUCAUGGCUACAAGCUCGAUAUCUGGUCAAGUGGGGUCACUCUCUUCAAUAUCACGACGGGGAAAUACCCGUUCGAGGGUGACACCAUCUACAAAUUGUUCAAUGCCAUCGGUAACUGUGAGGUCUUGUGGCCCAUUUCCAUAGAAGUCCAACUCCUGAGCCUGCUGAAGGGGAUGUUACACAAGGAUCCCGAGUGUCGUUUCACCCUCGAAGAAGUCUUCAAGCAUCCGUGGAUGCUCCGUAAGCCCGCAAUCAGUGAAGAUUGGGUUCCCAUCCCCGUUACCGAAGAGGACCCCUAUUGCCAGAUGUCGGUCAUGUCAGUUUUAGACGAUAUGCAUUCAUCUAUCGAAGGCUCGCACGAGAGCGUGAGAUCAGCCCGCUUCGAGAAUCAGGAUAGUGCAGAGAAUUCUGCUGAGCCGAAGCUCCGGAAGAACCUGUCGCAAAUGUGCAGGAUGUCAUAAGAGAGAACCAGCUUCCUAUCUCAAUUCUUCGAGCUGAUCGCAAUGACGACAGGUUGUAGUUCU